AUGACAAUUGAUAUGCUACCAGGUAGAGCAUGUAAUAAACUAUAUUCAGAUUUAGAUGGUGCUGUAAUAGAAGGCAAUGGUGAUAUAUAUUAUUUUGAUCCUUGUCAAAUACAGAUCCAGUGUCGACCUUAUGAAAAAUGGAUGUUUCACGUCGAACAAAUAUCCUUAUUAACCUGUAAUGUUUAUAUUGAAAUGUUUUAUUCCGAUUUUAAUCACCAGACGUCAUCACCAUCAUUCACAUUCCGUUGUGCAGAACCCAAUCCCGGCAUUGUAUAUACCAAUUCAUCAUACAUAACAUUAAAACUUCAUCAUAACAACGAAACUGAUUUCCGGUUUAGGAUUGUUUUUACAUGUCGCAAAUUUGAGUCACCAUGUGAAAGUUUUCUCUGUGAUAAUGGGAACUGUAUUUCCCCUGAUUUAAAUUGUGAUGAUGUGGACAAUUGUUUUGAUUUUACUGAAGAAUGGGAGAAUGGAACAGCAGCAUGUAUUGAAUAUUAUCCAUUUCCUGGAGAGAAUUUUGGAGUUUUAAUAUCCGUGGUAUGUGUUGGUGGUUUUGUCGGUUUAUCAGCAGCGUGUUGCAGAAUGUGGCGGCGCAGAAAGCAGGAAAUGCACGAUGAAGAUUUGUACGAAAUCAAAAGUGGACCUUAUGUACACAAAUAUGCCUACCGCUAUGCCUUCUUAAAGCCGCCAUCACACUUCCGAAGAGACAUAAAGAAAUCUGAUCGAUUUGCUAGGUAA